AUGGCAGACUGGAAAAUGCCAGUGAGUUACAACUACAGUCCGUCUUACCACGCUUAUGCCUACGGUUUAAUGUACCCUCAAGGACCCGAGCAAACUCAUCCGACCAUGGGCUGGGCGGAGGCCGCGUACGGCCCGGCAGCUGGGGUCACUGGCAGCUUCUACUCGCCCCAGGCUCCGUCGCAGUCUCCGCCUGGCAGUCCGGAAUGCCCGACCAACAACACUAACGGACAUUACCCGAGCUCGGUCAUGUACUACUCGGAUUCGCAGUCGCACACGCAGAACGGGCGGCUUUUCCUCUCGCAUAACCGCGUCCAUUACGACCAACAAGCGAAAGACCAGGACCAAGCUGGUACAGGGAGCGACACGCCGAGCGACUCGGAGGCCCACACACCAGAUUCUUGGAGCUCGGGUAGUAGUCGAGAAGGAGGCGUCCCCCCAGCCGACCUCGACCUCCCGCACUGGAUCAAGAAAGAGCGGCCAUAUGAGUUGGAGAGUGGUAGUCCCGACGGCGGUGAAAUUCUUUCCAGCUCCCUCUCGGCGGCGGCGGAGAAGCCGACGAAUUUGAACGCGGGGGGAGACGAAGUGCCAGCACUGUCCGUGCCGUCUCCUCCCGAACAGCUGCCGGUGCAGCCCCGCAAAGCCAAAGCCCGUACCGCGUUCUCUGAAGGUCAGAUGAACGCGCUCACCGACCGUUUCAACGUUCAGAGAUACCUUACGCCAGCGGAAAUGAAGACUUUAGCAGGGUUGACUGGGCUUACCUACAAGCAGGUGAAAACCUGGUUUCAAAACCGCAGAAUGAAACUCAAGAGACACCAGAAAGAUAACAGUUGGGUGUCGGAGAGGUACAUUACGGCAGGAAUUUCGAAUGCAUCAACCCCACAUUCUCAGUUCCAGGUAGAUGCUCCAAUACUGAACCAGGACCUUUUUACCAACCCUCAGUUCAGAGAUGCUGUCUUCAAGAAAAGCCCCCCACAAACGCAGUCCUUCUAUCCCAAUUACACUCGGCCUCUUUCCCCUUCCCAAGUGUCCACCAGGCCUCAGGGAAAUUGGCCUCUGCCCCCAGUUGUUACGCACUAUGAGUUCCCCAACCCCUCUAGUUAUGUGCCAGUUAGUGGAAAUGGUGAGGAUGGAAGUGCUGUUGACCCAGGCAGCAACCCUACACAACUGGCCACAGUACACAGUGCCUCCCAGUGGUCAUCUUAAGCAGUUGUGCUUGGCUGUGAGUUGGAGGCACAUGUAAAUAGUUUUUGCCUUUGGUUGUAGACCAUACAUGUAAAUAGCUUUGAUCCAAGGAACUGAUUGUUGAUGCUCCUUUUUGUUCCUUUUAACUCGCUGCUUGCUGCAAGCUAUCAAUUGCACAACUAUUUUUUAAUUUUCAGUUUUUAUGAAUGUUUUUUAUCUUUUUAUCCUGAAGCUCUAUUUUUGUA